GCCUGCGCCACGCUCCUUUCGCUGACCUCGAGGCGGCGAGGGCGGGGACGCCGCGCAGGGGCCCGUGCGGCGAGGGCUGCUCAACAGGGCGGCUGCGUGGAUGUGGAGGACAGCUGGACUGCUGGCUUGGAGGCCAUCGAGGCGCCCCCUGUGCUGCAGCUGUGGCUGGAGAUGCUCGACCCCGACCUGCUGGAGCUGAUAUCGAGGGUGGAGGGCUGCGGCCACCGGGCCUGGAUCGUCGGCGGGGCGGUCCGCGACGUGCUCCGCGGCAUCGCGCCCAGCGACGUCGACAUCGCCACCACCAUGAGGCCCUCGGAGCUGCUCGAGGCCUUCCCGCGGUCCAUCUCGACCGGGGAGAGGUGGGGCGUCAUCACGGUGAGGCACGGCGGCGUCACCUGCGAGUGCUCCGUGUUGCGGGCGGCGGUGGGCGGAUGCCUCGACGGCAGGCGGAGCAGCGAGCUGGUUCCGGCCAGCUCCCUGAGAGAGGACCUGGCAGCCCGAGACUUCACCAUCAACGCGAUGGCUGUCGAUGCUGGCCGCGGCUUAUUGUACGAUCCCUUCGGAGGCCUGCAGGACUCCGAGGCCGGCACGCUCCGCGCCGUGAGCGACCCGGCCUCGCUGAUGCUCCGCGCGGACGCCCUGCGGGCGCUGCGGGCGUACCGCUUCCUGGGGCGCCCGGCGGGCGAGGGGCGGCCGCGGCGGCUCGACCCCGCGCUGCGCGCGGCGCUCGUGGAGGCGGCGCCCCUGCUGCAGGGCAUCUCCUGCGAGCGCAUCCUCAAGGAGCUGAAGCUCAUACUGCAGAGCCCAGGCGCACCGGACGUGGUGCGGACCAUGAUCGAGGACGGCUCGCUGCAGGCGGCCCUCCCGCUGCCAGCGCCCCUUGCCGCCGAGGGGCGCGAGUUGCGGGCGCUGGGGGGCCUCUGGCGCGACGAGGCCACGCUCCGCACCCUGCGGCGGCUGCGGCCGGGCACGCUGCCCGCGGCCCGCCUGGCCGACCCGCUGGCCGAGGGGGCGUCGCCGACGCCCCCCGCGCGGGAGCAGCCGUUCGCCUUCUACGCUGUGCUGGACCUCGAGGCCACCUGCUGGGAGCGCGGGGCGGCCCCGGACGGCUUCGAGGCGGAGGUGCGCCGGCUGCCCGCCGUCCUGGUCGACGGGCGCGCCGGGCGCGCCGUCGCGGAGUUCCGCACCUUUGUCAAACCCGAGCUGUGGCCGCAGCUGUCCAGCUACUGCACGCGGCUCACUGGCAUCUCCCAGGCGCUCGGCCGUCGUGUCCGCUGA